UGUUAGGCCACGGGACCUCCUGCAGCCAGGCCCCCUCACAGCACCACGUUAUGAACUCGAUAUCGAUACGAGCCAAGCUCACGGAUAUUUAUUUUAAUCUCACAGUUUAUUGAAUCUGGUGAAAUGUUAUGUUUCCACCGGGGCGCUGCUGCCAUUGGCCCGGCCUUGCACCACGUGGUCGGGCAGUCACGCGCUUUCCAGGAACCCGUCAGGAAGAAGAAAAACAAAACAAACCCGAUAGAGCUGCGGCAGCGUGUGGACUCCAUUGAAAAGUGGGCCUUAUUAUCUCCGGCACGGGAGACUACACGAGGUCCGACGCGGAGAGGGACGCCUGUGGGGGCGUCGUCGAGACCUAAAGCACACAGAGAACCACAGCAGACCAGACCAGGUUGAGUCAAGUAACUGACGUCUUCUCCCCUAUUCCCUUCCCCCCAGCCGUGUAGGCUGCAUCCACCAGCAAUCUGCGAUUAUCGCCCUCGGCGGUAAUUUAUUGUGCCGAUCCGACAACCUCACACCACUGGGACUGGACAGGAGGCCCAGAGGUUACCCCCGCUGGAGCUCUAAGCUGUGUCUGGCAAUGCCUCAGCCCAGCAUCAUUGGGAUGGAGCCUCCCUUUGCAGACGCAUUUCAAAACUACUCAUUUGCUGACCAGGUCCUGACCAGCACUGAUCUGCUCGCCACCAGCUCUGACCCAGAUUUCAUGUACGAAAUGGACAGAGACAUGACCCACAGGCAGAGCCCCUGUGGGGACAGCAUGGUGGGUAUCGGCGAUGGAGGAAAGGAGGUGGAGGGCUGCGUUGAUCAGCUCAUGGGUUUGGCCGAGUGUGACACGGUCCACAGCACCCCGGCGUUCGAACAGUGGGACUCCUACUGGGAGGACCUCACCAGAUACACACGGCUGGCCAGCUGUGACAUCUGGGGGACCAAAGAGGUGGAUUUCCUUGGAUUGGAUGACUUCUCCAGUCCCUACCAGGAUGAGGAAGUGAUCAGUCGAACACCGACACUGGCUCAGCUCAACAGUGAGGAUUCACUGCCCGUGUGUGAGGCCCUCUACCCCCCUGCUGAUCUGACCCUGCCUUCCCCUCUGCCUCCGCUUCAACCGUCCCAGUUUCCCUGUCACGGUAAGAGACCCCUGUUCCCCGGCAAAGGAUCCGGCCCAGGAACUGCAAGGCCCUCCCCAAGUUCUUCAUCCCGUCCUUCCCGCAGUUUUCUCCCAGACUUCCCUGAAAGUUCCAAAAAAGCCACCCGACCUGUCCCCUCCAGCACUGAGACUAUGGCUAAGACCCAGAGCCAGCUCAGUCUCACCCAGAACCACGGCCAAGCUGAAAGCAAGACCCAGUGCAGAGGAGCCAAGAUGGCAGCCCCCACUUCCCAUGGCUCUGUCUUUGUGCGAAAGGCUAAAGUCCGUGUUAGCGCAGUGGAUAAAGCUCAGCCCAACCUGCCCUCCAAGACUGAUUUUGAGAUGUCAGAUGUGCCUCUACCUCUCUCCCAGCCCCAAGAAGAAGAAGCUUCCACUUCAGCUAGUGCCGCCUCAGUGGGAUGUCCUGAUGCAGCAGCCGGUAGCUCCAGCAGCCUGGCGAGCUUUGAGAAGGGUGCAGAGGGGACAGGGAGAAGAGAGAUGCCUGUAGGUUGGACUGCCACUGUGCCUCAACUCGUGGAGACGAGUCAGGCCAUGGAGGGCACCACCUCUGGGCUGGUGAGCAUCGCCGACAGUGUGGCAGGUGCUAGCGGUGGCGUUCUGGUUGCAGAGGGGACGGAGAAGAGCAAGGAGGAGGAACACAACUACUCCCUGUUCCUGACCCGCAGCAGACUGGCCGGCAGAGCCCCCUCCCAGCUGGAGGAGGACGAGGAAGACGAGGAUGAGGAAGAAGCGGAUGAGGAGGAGGAGGAAGGCGACGGACUGGAGCUAGAUGACGAAGACCACGAUGAGGGUUUUGGCAGCGAGCAUGAGCUUUCUGAGAAUGAAGAGGAGGAGGAGGAAGAAGAGGAAGAGGAGGAGGAGGAGGAGGAUGAAGAUUACGAAGCAGACAAGGACGAUGACAUGAGUGACACCUUCUCUGAGCCAGGUAGCCCUCAUCAAAGUACAUCUGGCUGUGACAUGGAGCUGAUGGAUGACGUUAAAGGCCUGACAGCAGGAGUCUCCAGCCGGAAGAGAGGCAAGCGCCGCUACUUCUGGGAGUACAGUGAACAGCUCACCCCCUCGAAACAGGAACGCAUGCUUAAGCCGUCUGAGUGGGACAGACACACGCUGCCUAGCAACCUGUACCAGAAGAACGGGCCUCUCCAUGGAAAAUACAUGCUGAAGAAGUCACGUCGUACGGAUGUGGAAGACCUGACUCCCAAUCCACGUAAGUUGCUGCAGAUCGGCACCGAGCUCCGCAAACUGAACAAGGUGAUCAGCGACUUGACACCCGUGAGCGAGCUGCCGCUGACUGCACGACCCCGGUCCCGCAAGGAGAAGAACAAGCUGGCGUCCAGAGCUUGUCGUCUUAAAAAGAAAGCCCAGUAUGAAGCAAACAAGGUGAAGCUCUGGGGACUCAGCACAGAAUAUGAUCGGCUGCUCUUCGUGAUCAAUACCAUCAAGGAGGAGAUAGUGGUGCGAGUGGAGGACUCUACUCCUCGUACAACCAACAUGACUGACACCCUGGAGCGGCUCAUCAAGGAGACACUUGUGGCAUCCCCAGUUGCCGGGCAGACGUCAGAAUUUGUCAACAAGAUCUUGGAGAACACCGGACGCGGAGAUCCCACUGGCGGACUGGUCGGCCUGCGAGUUCCCACUUCCAAAAUCUAGACAAACCGCCGUCCACUGAGAGGAGUGGGCUAAAUAUUACCACCGUGCUGUCCCAUUGUAACUAUGCUCCCCUCUGCAUGCCCCUCCAACCCCGCGCACAUACACAUUGUUAGUCACACAAACACACAUACAACUCCCUGUGUGUGUAUGUAUGUGUGCUUGUUUAAAGCCAUGCACCUGUAUGGCCUACACCGUAGCUUUCUGUCUCUGCAAACUGCAUGCAGAGUCACUGUCUCCCAACCCAUCGUGAGCAUCUGUUGGGAAACGCGCCUCUAAAAGCAAAGGAUGGUUUGGUGUAUAGCUAACAGCACGUCCUAAAUCCACUGGUGAUUAUUAGAUGUGUUUAACAUAGCAUUGUGUUGGGGUGGAUCUGUUGGAGGUCUGCUUCCAAGGCUGAGACAGACAGUCACCCGAGUGCAACUACUGGAAUACUUUCACACAGUCUGUUUGAGAUUGUUAUGACGGAGGAAGAACCGUUGAACAUUGGACCCCAUCAAAGAUCGAAAAGGUUCCAGGUAUCUUUUCCUAGAAGAGCUUCGCUUCACAUGGCAACAAAAUUGAACUGCGUGAUGUGAACUCGACCCACUGAGUUAAAGCACUUUGAUGGAAAUGGCUCUGGAUGCCAAGACAGCUGCAGAAAAAAAAAUGCAGCACGCUCGUUACAGGGUGGCAAGUUAUAUUUUGUAUUGAAGGCCUAAAUAUGUUCAUGCCAUCCCCUGUUUGCCAAUCAGCUCAUUGAAAUUAAUGUUCCAAAAAAAAGUUGAAUCUUAGGAAUUAAGUGACAUCCUGCUGGGGUGGAGUUUGUUGCAGGCAGGAGGAAGCUUAACGGCUCAUUAUCUGGACAGGAGGUUUUUUGACCAUGUGGAGAGGAAGCGCAUGUAGUUUGGUGCUUUUUGGCCUUGUGCUAGUUAUAACUGGACUGAGUGAAACGGAGGCGUUUUGCCAGUAUGGGAGUGGACUGUGAGGAAGAUCAUGGUGGUGAUGAAGAAGACAUUAGCAGUGAUCCAUCUCCUCGAAGAGUCAUACACACGUGUACAUAGAAGUGUCUCCCAGUGAAAAACGGCACCGGCUCCACUUUUUGUACAGUAGAGUUGACCAGGCUAACAGUUUGGUGUGUUCAUACUAGUGUUUGAUCAAAGUUCUAUUCAUUGUGCCUUGUUUAUGUAUGUGUGUGUGUGUGUUUCUGUAAGUCUGAGUGCGUAUGUGAGAGAGACUGAACGAGAAGAGGCGAUUGCUCAGAACUCCCCGAGGUCCAGUCAAGGAGAGGACUACUUUACCCUGAGGGAGGAUGUCAGUGAAUGUUAGGAGGGGGACACCUGUGGGGUUAUGGUGUAUUUCAGUUGUUUAAAGAUGUUCUGAAUGUAUAUAAAACAAAUGGAAGCUCUCGUUGCAGGAUGCCACAGAGUCUGUGUAUAUAAGGAGGGCUCUGCAAUAGAUUACUUAUGGUUUUUGGUACUUUGUCUUUUUUGGGGGGAGGGUCAGGGGCAGGGUUAACGGAUAUUUUUCGUUAAGAGUUACAAAAAAUAUUUGCACACUAUAUUUUGAUUGUUUUUUGUACCAAAGACACAUGCAACGAAACGGCGACCAGCCUGUUAAAGUAAGGUUUUGCACAGCUUACCUGACGCCGUAUUGAAUGUAAGAAAUGUGGGAGGGUCAGGGAACUUCAUAGAACUGUGAAAUUAGCUUGGGUCCAAUUCUGUACAGAAAAGGAACAUUCAUUUUUUUUUUCUAACAUUUUUACCCCAUCUGUGGGCUUCUCCAGAAAAUUUGUUGCCUAAGCACUUCAUUCCUGAACUGAUUCCUCUCUCCACAUGCUAAUUGUGUUAAUGGCUCUACCUAGGACAAGAACCAAGAGCACUAGUAGAUAAGCUAUGUUACAUUUUAUGAUUGUUUGUUAAAAUGUCACCAACAAUAACCAAAAUGUUAUGUUUCUUUGUUACCUGUUCAAGAAUCUGUUGUAGACGAGGUCUAGUUCAUCAACAAAAUAAUAACUGAAUUGUGUUUUGAAGUACUGUAUAUAAAAAAACAUAAAUGAUAUACCUUUCAAAGGUGAGAUGCCACUUUUCAUGACACCUGAUUUAAUUUCUAAGCAUGACACAUUUCUAUAGCCCAUCCUUGCAUUAGAAACUUAGAGGAAAAACUGAAAAACCAAAAAAAAAAGGUUCUUGUUAUAUUUUUGUAAUUUUAGCUGCCUGCUAGCUUUCCUGACAGUGCGGAACUAUUUGUUUUGUCAGAUUCUCCAAGUGGAGAGAGGGAGAUGUGGAAUACAGAGGAUUGGAUUUAUUUAAAACACAACGCGCCAAGUAAUGGUCUAGUUUAAAGUCUGGUCUAUUAAGAGAAUGAGGACAGGCUGUCUUUAGCGCAGACAGGGACACGUCCAAGAAACUCAGAGGACAGCAGUGUGGAGAUGGGAGGGCAGUGUUGUCAUAGAUGCUAUAACAUAGACUGUAUAUAAAGAUGGACGAAGUCUACACCUCCUCCUGCUGUACAAAAAUGAAGCCAAAAUACCCCGGGUAUGGUUGCUGGCGUCUUUUGACAUCCUGUACAAAGGUUCUGUUGAUACACACGCUCAACCAAACGCAUGUGAGUCUCAGCUGUCAACCAAUGAUAUCUCACUGCUUGUUGUAACAUCAAAUAACUAAUUAAAACCAAACUAACUCGAAAACUACCUAAAAUGACAGAAAGCAUCUGAGAGAAAAAUGUAUUUCCCAUGCCCUUUUUAGCCCUUUUAGUCCAUUUCCCAUCCACUAACAUGGUGGAGGCAUAGUUAAUAUCCUGUACUGCAGCCAGCCACCAGGGGGUGAUCAAGAAGUUUUUGGCUUCACUUUUGGGGAGCCGUCCAUCUUUAUUUACUUUCUCUCUGUUGUAAGAACGACAAAGCCAUUUCUGUCCCAGACUUCUCUGGAUUCAACACUGCGUUGUUUUUUAGAUUUUCACACGUAUUCCCUCUUUAACCGUGAAGCUGGUUGAAUUCAGCAUCUUCCUGGUCGUGACAUUACUUCCUCUGAGGUUGAACUGCUCAGUUUUUAUAUCUGCCUGGCCUCGCCUUCAGUCCCCAGCAUACGUUUGCUCAUCAAAACUCAAGUCACAAAAGUUUCCGGCCACAAAAAGGCAGCGUGUCCCAACCUUUAACAAUGCAUGACGCCUGUGUAAUGCUUCCCUCCCCGUUGCCUGCUCAGAGGAAACUCUUGCCAUUCCCAGGAAGUGCAAUAUUCAACCAGAGUUCAAUAUGUUUGAAAAAUAAGUGCUUGAUAAAUUCAGGUUAGUGUGAAGUGAAGAGAGUUCUCCUUCACAUAAUGACGAUGGCAAUGCAGAGCUGUGGUCUUUCUGUACCAUGUGAGUGAAUAACAGGUAGUGCUACACACACAUAUAUCUAUAUAUAUCUAUAUAUAUUUUUACUGUUAUCCAUUUUGUCUAAAAAGGGAGAAAUGGUGCUUUUUCUGAUACUAGAGAGACGAGUAUCCAUGAUUCUUAUUUGACUUCUUAGUCUAGUUGUAGCCUAAUGACUUGCUCUCCCCUGCCGUCCAUAGCUAUUUUCUUAGUCGUGAUUCAUUUUUGUAAAUAGACUAUAAGUUAAUAUGUAUCUUAUAAAUGUUAGAUAUAUGUAUAGAAUACUAUAUCUUAUAUGUUUGAAAACAAAAGCACUUUGUCCAAAAAAGAAAAAAAAACAAAAAACAAAAAGAAAAGCAUUUUUUUCUUCCAUUUGCUGCUAAAAGGCCUGGUGUGAAUGCUGCAAGUGUACUUGAUGACCACUUGCUAGGAUAGGUCUAUUACCUGAAUUGGCUAGGUCUAUGUACUAGCAAGAGAAAGGAGUGCGGGUGUGGCCUGACGAGGGUUAGAUCCAAAUGUUUCUGGAGCCGUGUAAUGAUAUGAGGUAUCUUGUGAGAGCGUAUCAUUGCUUGGCUUUGAGAAGCCCAGUGUAUCGAUAGGAUCGAUCUACUUCCUGGUCAGGAGGGACUGUGAGGAUUGUGUUUUUGUGGUCUUAAAAAAAAAAAAAAAAGAGGGUUUUGAUUCCAGGGCCCCUACGUUGAUCCUGAUGCUGACCCCCUUGGUGUCAUGAUUCAUUUUGCCUUCAGUAGAGGUUUCCUAUGGAAAAACUGAUUCUGCUUUGGCUUCCUCUUCAGGGUGAUGUACAGUGUAGACACAUUUCUCCAGAGAGCUAUAUUGUUAUCAUUUGUAAACUGAUUUCUACUUGUGACUUAAUGAGGAGGGGUUGAGCCUGGGGCGGGCAGGAAGAGCUCGUUUGAAAGUCGUUGUUCCUGGCCGCCUCUGGGGAAGUUACUAUAUCACUGUACUGUAUGGCAAGCCAAUUACAAAUGAAGACUCAAUCCGGACACUUAUUGCCUUCUUAAAUAACUUCAGAGACACACAAAUAAAAACAAUAAGACAGCAGACGUGUCAGUUACGGAGAGAUGUGCCUGACGUUUCUGACAUGUUCUGCUAAUGUGCGGUAAUCAACAACAACAACAACAAAACCAUUCAGCCUGAUUGGCUCAAAACAAUCUUGAUUAAAGUAGCAGACAUGGUGAAAUAUGCCUGAAAAAACUACUCGUGCUUUGUUGCGUCCUUUUUGGACAAUGUUCCGAGGCAUUUUCUCAGCCGUAAUUUUGCCCGAGUGUGGAAGGGGGUCAACAGUGGUUAAAGGGCCGCUGGCUGACACCGGCUGGCAAGAGCGGCGUGCGCGUUUUGUAGGCGAUCACAAGCCUUGUUCAAGCAAGAGUCCUCACAGGUUUUCACAUUUAACGUGAUAGGUGCAAGCUGUGCAACUUUACAUUCAAACCAGGAGACUCUGUGGCAUUUUAACAGUCAAGGAAAUGAGUGAGAAAAAAAAAUCCACGCCAGUAAAAUUAUUCCUUCUUCUUUUGAUUUUCUGAUGAAUCCUAUUCAGUCAAAUAUUAAGCUAAUUGAGUGUGUAACUUUGUGCUACUCUUGUCCAAUAAAAGCUAAGUGGAUCCAUAAAGCUCUUCUUCAGCAAAUCAGGGUAAUAUCGUUCUUCUAUCUGACAUACUGUAAGUGAUGACAUAUACAAACCGAAAGAAAAUAUAUUUAUAUUCCAAUUAUUGUCGCCAUUCUUUACUCUGUACAAAAUAUUGUACGUGUGUGUGUGUGUGUGUGUGUUAUGACUUAUCAAUGUCAAUCAAUAUGGUGCAACGAUCUUGACACAAACUGAAAAAAACGGCCAACAGACUUGUCAGAAGAAUUCACGUUCUCAACUCAAAAAACACAACCUGCGACGUUUUGCUCUCACGAAGGAUCAGACUUUUGAUUUCCAGAUGUGAUCCAGCUGUGGUUUGUCAUGUGGUGCUGAUUGUUUCUCUUUAUCAAAGAAAUGAUCCAAGAACGAAAUUGGCAUCUGUGUUUAGAUCCAACUCACAUUUUCCAUUUGAUGAUUGUCCGAUAACUGUCAUCAGAGCAGAUUGAUUCUGCAGAUUGAUGGCGUGAUUUCCCUGUUGGACCAAUCAGAAGAAGAUUCACACUGAUUUUUGCUCACAACCACAACAGACUGAUGAUUUCUGUAUUAUUGAUUUGUGUGAUCGUUAUUGUUAAACAUACCAUUUUCUGUUUUGUAAAAGCCAGACUCCUGGAUUUAACAUCACUGCACGGACACGAUGAAGGAUCUUUAUUCCCUUUGACCAAGACACAAGAUUUUCAAAAUAACCCCCAAAUCAAAACACAUAUUAUAUAGGUCAACAUAAGAUUACUAUCAUGAGUGUCAAUAUGUAAUUUGGUUCAACUUUCAAGAAUGAUCUCCAGUGGAAAUAUUUGGUAAUAAUUAAUUGGAAUUCCAAGAAUAACUUUUUGAAUAAACGAUAAAUAAUGAAUGAAUAUUUAUUUGGAUUCAAAAAUGAAUACAAUUAUUAAAUGUAAUUUGCUCUAUAGAGCAUUUAAGCUCUUUUGGUUUGGUUUUAUAGCAGAAACUUCAAGGAUUUGGUCUCACCGCCCUGCAACAAAAAACAUAUUGGAGCAAAAAUUAUAAUUACCCCAAAAACUUGACGAAAUGAUGAUAUUUACUGGAGCAGCUCUUUCUGCAUAACUGCUCCCAAACUACAUUCAAAUUCCGCAUCUGUGAAAUCAGUUAUCCCACAUAUUCUCCUUACCUCCCGCAAGCUGUGAUUUCAGGUCCCAGAGUCUGGCUUUGAGGGUUUAGAUUUUUAUUCCGAUGCAUUUCAACUGUGUUGUAUCUUGUUCAAACCCUCGUUGCUUGUAAAAACACCUCAUCUCCAGAGGCCGCGCGCUGACGAGCCUCUGUGUAAAUUCGAUGCAUACAGAAAUGUAAGAUGCAUUUGGAGUAAUGUCUUUUGCAUGAUGAUAACCUGCAUAGAACUGAGAGAAUCAAGGGACGUCCGGGGUUCUUGCAGAUUAAGAAAAAACAUGGCCAAUCGCCAAAAAACUUCAUAUUCAUUGUCACGAGGUUGUUGCAUGACUUUUUGAUCUCACUGUACUCUCAGUCGAAUGAUUGAUUUCAAACUUGCUGCUAUUGAAUGAGCACAAAGAGAUUUUUGGUUUAGAUUGUCCACACACUCACCCCUGUUUUUCUUUUUUUCCAUUGAGUUUUCUUCAUAUGAGAGUCAACAGACCAUCACCUUGCACUUGGUUUUUACAUGAACAAGAGAAAAAAAAUAUUUUGAAUAUGAUGCCUGAUGAACCAGGUGCCUUAAUCAAAUAUAUGAGAACACAAAUCGGCACCUUCUGUCGGUCUGGAGGGGGUUUCCCUGCAGAAACAAAGGGGCUGGGUUUCCCAAAUCCUAAACUUGAAGAAAAACGAAAACCUCACCAAAUUUGUAUAAUAAUCAGCCUUUAAAUGCAGAUAGAAGCUAUUGUCUGCAUAGAAAAACUAACCCUGCAAACAUGUUCCCUUUUUGUAACCGAAGAAGAGCGUAAAUGACAAUGUGUUAAAGUAAAUUUGUGUCGUUUUGGGAAACCUGGUUCUGUUUUUUUAACUCUUUCUCUGCCCACUACGCCACGUUCUUGUGUUUUCUGUAUUGGCUGCUGCUGCUAUCACCGCUGGUGUGUGUCCGUGUAGAGAAGAGCAAACUUCCACUGUGUCUGAGGCAGAGGGAGACUCGGGCCUGAUUUUUUAACUUGUCAAUUACAAUGACAAGUUCUUCUUGGGUGUCGAGGCGGAGCACUGUGCUGCUGCCUCUUGAGACCUUAUCGAGAGAAGGGGGAUAAAAAAAAAAACAAAAAAACAAACACACAUGACCGAACUUUCCUUUUCUUAACUUUGCUAUAUUGAAGUGCCAGACCCUCCUUGAAGUCAGUGUUGGCACUGAGUCGCAGGAUGCGAAUAAAGCGACAAACUGAGCAUGGAGGUAAACCGUGGUGCUAAUCUGUCAGUGGCUGGGUGCUAACAUGGCUGUGUUAAAAAGCUGUAUUAGCCAUAUUAUUCCUUCUGUUGUCUACUCUGGUCAGUCUCGUGUUUCUGACUGCUGCACUGCUGUACGCUGACAUAGCGAGGUAUAACUCUGCUGCUGCUUUGCUGUUGAUGUAGACUAGUCUUCUUGUUGUCGGGAUCCAGAAAGAUCGUGAAUGUUGUAUCUUUAUAUAUGGCCGCUGUCCUGCUCGUUUGUUUAAACCAUUUUAUUUUUGAAUUGAGAUUAUAGUUUGAUAUUUAUGCUCUGAGUCUGUCCAACGUUGCACGUUUGAAUUUGUAUUCCUAAAUUAUAUUUUAUUGCCUUUACCCCUGAUCCCAGUGUUGAUGCCAUUUGUUUGAUAUUUAUUUGUUCAGUCCUGUAAAUUAUAGUGUGAGGACACCGUUUGUUUGAACUAGACUUUAUAGCUUUUCCACUGAAGUGGGCUUUUCCAUGAGUCAGAGACUUUACAUGAGACCCACAGACUCAUAUCACAGUCACAGUGAAACCUAAAAUUCCAUUUAAUUACAUACAACUCUGCGAUUGUAACAAUGCUCAAAGACAAAUUGGUCAACAAAAAACAGAGAAGCAAGUCAAAGCAAAUAGUUAAAAAUAGAAAUGUUGAAAUUACAUAUUCAAUUAUAAAAAACACAUCGUAAUCACACAUUAAAUUAAAAGGCUGAAGGCAACACCAGAUUAGUUCGCAUACAAAACUUAAUUGUAAGUCAUCACACAAUCUGGCUUCAGUUAUUUCCAUCUGUUCUUCCUUCCUGUCCUUCAGUAUCCUAUUAUUUAAGUUUCCUCUGCGUUUUGUUCUGCCCUGACGCCAGUUAAAGGAAACACGAUUUCUGCAGAUUUACAGUUUCAUUGUGACUGUUAGUAACUGACGUCUGUGAAGCUCAUGAAGCGUUCUGUUAUUUGAGGUUUUGAUGCGAUGACAGUUUCUGGCCCUGAACCAGGAUCAGCAAACUGAAGCAGCCUUUGAGCUCAGGUCAGGGGUCGGCUCGCCUACGCUCUCUAACCUUGUUGGGGAAAUUUGAGAAAAGAUUUGCUCGUGACCGUGGGAUCACGUUUUCUGGGGGAAACUUUACCACUGCGCCAGAGAUGUUUCGCCCUUUCUGAGUUCUUUUUAUUUUUUUGUUGGUUUCUUCAGAAGGGCUUUGGUCAGCAGUCGUCUCGUCAGGGAGUCCCUGAGAUUAUAGCCGGGGGUUACUCUAGGCUGGUGGGCAGAGACCCCUCAAUCUCCUCUGCGAUGAAUGAUGAGGAGAGGUUCGAUUUCCUCUUCUGCAGACUAAUCUUAUUAAAGCAUAACGACAACAACAACCCAUCCUCGGUAAUAAAAGCAAAAACCCUCUUUCUAUAUUUACACACUCAUCAUCCAACACUGCAAUGAUUUACAUCUCCUUCCAGACUUUGCCAAACUGCAUGGAGCGAGAGACAUUUAUCAAAAAAAAGAUAUUUGUCCUGAAACAUUUGUUACUGUUUUUUUUUUAUUUUAUUUUUUAUUUCACUUUUGAUAAAAAUGACAGACAGGAAGACGUUUUUAUAGGAAAUCCACGCCAGUCCAAACAUGUAGAGGAUGUGGGAGGUAUCUGUCACUCUGAGCUCCACAGCUCCAUGCCAUGGUUAUGAUGCUUCUGGUCUUGUAUGGUCACUUGUUUGACUCGAUCGACAGCAUGGGAUCUUUCUGUAAUUAGUCCUGUGUGUGUUUCUCUCACCAGUCUCAGUAGGAUGACUGUACUCCAUUGCUAAGUGCUCUAUAAUAGAUCUCUUGGUGAUUAUAAUUUCAUAAAUAAGCAAAACCUGCAGAAAGUGUAUCCUGCUGAAACUAACUUGAUCCUCUCUUUAGCGAUGACGUCUAUAUUUGUAGUUCACAUAUAUGCCUGUUCUAUUACAAUAUCUUGACAGUUGUUAUAUUUAUGUUGUGUAAUAAAUGUCGUGCUGGGUUUAUACUUUUGUUCUUACUAACUUUUUUUUGAAUUUUUUUUUUCUCUGAGGCACAAUGGGUGGCUUUAUGCACAAGCAUGAAAAUGUAAAAGACGUUUAUUUUUAUUUUCUACAAUCUUUUGGUUUGUACUGUAACGACUCGUUCUGUUUCAGAGCUUCUGACAGGUUUUGUCUCUGGCUGCUCCACAUCCUGCAGACAUCUGCCCUGAAUCUCUGUCGUGUUUAUUGUGCCUCUUUUCGUUUUCUUUCGUUCUUUUGUUCUUUUGAAAUCAUUCUUUAUCUGUUGUAUCAGCCAGGAGUUGGUACCACAACUUUGCUUGUAACCACAAUAGUCUGAUUAUGUUGUUUGAUUUUAAUAUCAAAACAAUAAAAAACAUUAGCACCCCA